ACCCUUUAAAAUGGCCCCUCUCUCCAUCGCCUGCCCUCGUGCCCGGCUCGUCUUUCUCCACGCGACCGAUCCACCGACACCGACUGACCGACCGACCCUGUUACUAUGCGAAGGUGAAGACACCUGCAGAAUAAAACCGUCACCAGCAGCACCUGACCUGCGCCGAGAGAAACUCCACCGACGCUGAAACUGAUCCUCACUUUCUUUCUCGUUUAACCCAGAUUCAAGAGAUUCAGGAAGAAGCUUUAACUUCUGCGCAGCCAGACGCGAACCAAACCAUCCCUCCAUCCUCAGCAGCACAACCAAGCGGUCACAUCAUGAUCGAGAGCGACAGGGAGCUGUCGGCCAUGGUGCAGGAGCUGUGGGACAAAGACAUCAACCGACUCACACCUGGAAAAGACUACAGGAUCUCUCUGCAGGGCAAAGCUGGAGACAGCAUGGCCCUGAGCGACGACAACGAUGCAGCAGGAUAUCCUCUGUUUACGUUUGUCGAUGAGAACAUUUUCAAAAAGGAGACUUUUUUAGCUUUUAUCUCCCUGCUGGAUAAUUAUGAGAGCGACACCGGCGAACCGGAAAUCGUGACGCCUGAAGAGGUGGCGGAGAACCACAAGUUCCUGGACUCUAUGCUUCAGACGCCCACUAUGAAGUUAGCCCAUAAAUACCUGGUGGAGAAGCAGCUCUCGCCUAAGGACGAGACGCAGUUCAAGGAGCAGCUGUACAGGAUCUGGUUCGAGCUUUACGCCCGGAGGGGCUCCAGCAGACCGGACUCUUCAGGGUUUGAACACGUGUUCGUCGGGGAGACGAGAGGAAGACGAACCGUGAUUGGUUUUCACAACUGGAUCCAGCUCUACUUGCAGGAGAAGCUGGGACACAUUGAUUACAAAGGCUACAGCGUCAGUGCACAUUCACCCCAGCCCGACGAGAACAAGCACAUCCUGGCGCUGCAGUUCAGCUGGAAGAACGGCAUAAAGCCCAAGGGCAGCAUCUUCAUCGGCGUCAGCCCCGAGUUCGAGUUCUCCCUCUACACCCUCUGUUUCCUCAGCUCGCCCAACGAGCGCGUCAAAGUCCAGUUCAGUUUUUACGACGUGGAGAUUGUUUGCCACCACCACAACCAAAAGCACAUAGGCACCACCUACCCCGUGCUCCUCAGGUACCAGAACGGUAGAUAACUUCACGCAGAAAAUAAUAAAAUUGAAAAAAGAGCCGAGCUUCGAGAUUUCAUUGAAAGUGUCACAGGUAACGCUGUUGUCUUUUUAUUUUAGAUAAAGAUACAAUAAAAACCUUUCAAGAUUUAA